AUGUGCAAAGGGCAUGAGCAAGAAAUAGCAAAAACCUUCUUCCAGAGGCUACCGGAUCCCAGGAGCAGUACCUGCUGCCUCUCGCUGGCUGGGUCUAUCGUGUUAUUUGUUCGCUUCCAGGAGGUCCCUGGUCUCCAGAGCCUGCCCGUGCCCACCAGAUACUUGGAGCUGGCUCUGGUCACAGUCAAAGAGCUGUUUAAAGCUAGCAACUACAACGAAACCCUGAUGCUCCAUCUGUUCAUUUCCAUAAGCAACCUCCUGAACAUGAUGUGGACCAGGACGGACCAGGUGAUGCCACCCCACAGCCUGGCCGGGACCCUGGGUGCUGUCGGUCGCAUUAAUUAUGACCAUAUCCAGUUACUGGUUGGCGAGCGCUACAAGGAACGGGGAUUUGCCUGGAAGGGGACAAUGUGCCAGAGGAACUCCAUGGGUGUCGUCUCAUUCCCUGGCCACGACACCGCCAGCGACGUGAUGACACUCGCCCACGAGAUUGGCCACAGCUUAGGCUUCAGCCACGACAACGCAAAACAAUUUCACGACAGAUUUUGCAGUUGCAGCUGCACCCACAGAGGAUGCAUCACGCAAACUUCCCCGGGGUUAAUGAAGCUUGCCGCCCACCGAGCCCCGCUGAGCUGCUUCAGGGAGGUGAAUGUUCGAGGUGACCGGUGUGGGAACUGCGGAUGGAACGGGAUGUGCUACACUAAAUGCCUGGAAGAGAACGUCCUGUGCGGAAGAGUGCAGUGUACUAUCAUUAACAUUAAAAGAGUACCAGUCAGGCAAGACGGCGAGACUGUGGUUCAGACCACCGUGAACAAUCAGCUCUGCUGGGGACUCGAGUUCCACCUGGCUGCAGACACUCCUGACCAGGGAUCGGUGAAAGACGGCACUUCGUGCGGUAGAACCAAGAUCUGUAUGAACAGGAUGUGUGUCAGAGCAGCUUUUCUCAGCAAGGAUUGUAGGGAGAAACAAUGCAAUGGCAGAGGGGUGUGCAACAAUGAGAAAAAUUGUCACUGCGAUUUUGGAUGGGCCCCUCCCGACUGCAAGCUGGAAGGAUUUGGAGGCAGUGUUGACAGCGGACCACCUCCUUCUUCUAACAUUCUGAUGAGGAUGAAGAACGAGUAG